AUGCGGUCGCUCUCGCUCGCAGUCAUUACUCUGUCGGUUGCGCUGUCUGCUUCGGCACAGUCCCCCGCCUAUGGUCAAUGCGGCGGAUCUGGGUAUAGCGGUCCAAAGACCUGUGUCUCCGGAUAUACGUGCCAAUACUCAAACGAAUGGUACUCUCAAUGUCUUCCUGGUAGCGGUGGAGGAGGAGCAACCACAACGCGAAGCUCCUCUAGUAGUGCCCCGUCUAGCACGCAAGGGUCUGCCAGCUCUGGCGGCUCAACGAGUUGCCUCUCGUUCAAAGGUCACGACAUAUCGUCGCUCGCAUUGAUGGAAAAAGAGCGAACGCCGACGUUUCUCAACGCAUCUGGCCAAAAAUCAGAUGCUGUUACGAUUCUCGCCAGUGGAGGUGCAAACUAUGCACGAUUGAGAAUCUGGACGGCAGGAGACUACUCAGUCAACUAUGCGAUUGCCCUGGCAAAGCGAGCCAAAAACGCCGGAAUGAAGGUUCUCAUCGACUUGCACUACUCGGACACCUGGGCCGAUCCCGCGCAUCAAACUCUGCCAUCGGGGUGGCCUAGUGACCUCUCUUCACUCAACACUAAGAUUUACACAUAUACCAAAGACGUCGUGACGGCGUUCAAGAAUGCGGGCGUCAACAUCGACAUGAUUCAGAUCGGAAAUGAGAUUCGCCAAGGAUUGCUUUGGCCGACGGGAAAGACACCGAAUUGGAACUCGCUCUCUCAGCUUCUCAACUCUGGUCGGAGCGGGGCUCUCGCGGGAAAUACUAGCAGCCCACCGAAGAUUAUGAUCCAUAUCGACAAUGGCUGGGACUGGAGCCUCCAGCAAUGGUGGUGGGACAAUAUACAAGUGCAAGGGGCUUUAACGCUCGACAAGGUCGACUACAUUGGCGUUUCUUUCUACCCCUUCUACGAUACAUCUGCUACGUUAUCGAGACUGAAGACGACACUCACCAAUAUGGCCAACCGUUAUGGUCGCCCGAUCAUUGUCGCAGAGACGGAUUGGCCCGCGUCUUGCUCUGGUGUCACUCUGUCGGAGCCCAGCAUUCCAGCAAGUGCUAGUGGGCAGACACAAUGGAUGCAAAAGGUUGCCCAAGUUGUUUGCGGGCUACCGAACGGGCUUGGAAAGGGUGUCUUCUAUUGGGAACCGACUUGGUUGACAAACUCUGGACUCGGCUCUGCCUGUCAAGACAACACCCUGUUUGCCGCAACAUGGAACGGACAAGUCCCCACGGCAUCUCCGCGGAGCUCUGUCAAUAUGUACAAGUCAUAA